AUGAACCCCGAUCACCCAAACGAACCUAUCACCAGCGGCGAAGAGAAGGAGGGAGAGAAACAAGAAGAGAAGCCGAAGAUGAACGCAGUGAACAACGUUGAGCAAGACGAGAAGGAUGGAGGCAGGACGAAGGAAGAAGACGAGAUCGGCGGCGAGAAAGACGACAAGGAGGGAGACAAGCCGAAGGCAGCCCCAGAAGGGGGGCAGGACGUCGACCAGACCGGUUCUAUCACCUCCCAUGACACCUCAGUCGACAGCACCCCUGGUCCCCGUGUCCGCCAAGGCACUCCUUGGCCCGACGACGCCCCCAAUCCCAUGGCCAUGUUUGGGUUGAUGGCGGGCCUCCAGCAGCAGAUGGCUGCCAUGCUCGCUCAACAACAAAGCACCCCCAGUAUCCAACAGCAGCUCCUUGACUUGCUCGCCCAGCGAGAGAGCGCCCCUGCUCCCCCUGCUGCCCCUGCCCCCGCCGAAAAUGCCCCCGCCACCUCCGACAACCCUGACUUGUUCCGCCGACCGGAUAAGUUAACCUGUCCUACCCUCACCCGUGUCACUCGAGACCCAUUCGUG